AUGAGUUCCUCACUCUACGAUGUUCGAAAGAUCCCAGGAAAAGGCAGAAGCCUGGUCGCUCGCUCCGACAUUCCUGAAGGCACCCGUAUCCUCUCCGAGAAACCGCUGCUCAUGAUACCUAACAACAUGUCCAACGAGCAACUGGAGGCUCGACUCGCACGAGAUCUGAAGGCCCUGGACAAGGAUCAGCAGCGACAGUUCUUUUCCCUCCACAACAGCUACACUGGCAAGUACGUCCUCGGCGGCAUCUUCAAAACAAACUCAAUGGCUUGCGGCAGCAACUUGUCUGCUAUUGCAAUCUUUCCUACCAUCAGCUUCAUCAAUCACAGUUGCCUCCCAAAUAGUCAUUACAACUAUAAUGACUCCAUGGGGAUGCAGACAAUCCAUGUCACUCGCGAUCUCCGCGCCGGAGAAGAGAUAAGUAUCUGCUACACCGACUCUGGAAGUGCCAGUGUUCGCCAAGCUUACCUGAAAAAGCAUUUCGGCGACGCGCGUCGUGAGGAAAUCUCUCGUCUCCAGGACACAUUUGCUGAAGCAGAUCGCGCGAUGUCCAAGCCUGAAGAGGCAUUUUUCGACCUUCGGAAGAUAGUCGAACUCUUGAACAAGGAGUUUAAAGGUGCUGCCAAAGUCCCAGAGGCGGAUAUCUACUGCUAUGCGGUACAGCUUAGUCUCUUCCAUAGUGAUGAGGCGCGAGCAAGUGUAUUCGCUGAGAGGGCGUAUCAGGCGUUGCUCAUCUGUGUGGGCGAAGACGGUGAGAAUACACAAGAGAUGAAGACUCUGAUAGACAACCCAGCCUCUCACGCAGACUUUGGAUCGAUGUCGAACAUAUGGAGAUCUAACAAGUACAAUGCUCCAAGAGGUAGAGACUUUGGCAAGAGUCACUUCGAGGAUUGGCUUUGGCAUUUGGUCGAGAGGUUGGAGAUGGCAGACCUUAGCGAUGAUUAG